AUGUUUUUCCAGGGCUACAGAAUGACUGUCAUUCGUUGUGAUCAAAUAUCGGAAUAUGAAGAAUGGUCCAAAGAUCUAGAGACGCAGCCACACAGUCUUGCAAUUUCUCGCCAAGGUCAUCGAAUAGCCGUGGGUUUUGCAAGAGCCACCAACAUCUUUGAUGGUGCAAAAGGCAGCUCAGAGAUUUUGCCAGCAGCAAUGCCUCACGACCAAGCCGCUUUCCAAGUCGAUAGCCAAUGUAUGUCGUUUUCGACAUGUGGCAAUCACCUAGUAGUUGCCACUCGCGAGCCUCGUGAAGGAUACGUCUAUGUUGGUGUCCACGAUCUGUCACCACUCCGGCGAUACAGCCAGCAGAUGCAGGAUUUCAGAAUUCCCAAGGGGCAUACUUUCCUUAUCGACAGAGCGUCCACUAGACCAAGCCAGAUGACCCAUCGGGAUUUCAACCCAUUUCCUGGCGACCAGAUCCAGUGCGCAACCGCCCUGCCAGGACAGAUCCCCCGAAUUUGCUUGGUAAAUGACGGGAAUAAAGUCUUCGUUUUGCGGUAUCAAGACAAAAACUGGAAGUCCGAGCCAACGAAAGUCAAAUUAGAUAGAGCUCGAAAGGAUGUCGGCAAGUACGAGGACAAGAUGUCAAUCGGAGCGACUGAGACAGGCAUUAUCCGUACUUUCUGGAUGCAGGGGGACGAGGGUCGAAUGCUGAGUGUCCAUCAGAAUGAAGCUGGCCGUUUUGAGGUCGAGAAAAUAUCCAUGGCGGGGAGACUCUGUUGA